CAUAGCCGAUGCAUGUUGAACAAAUCCUUGACUUUUUACUUGGCCUGAACUGUUGCCACAGCAUUUUGAACGUGUCGUGUGUAAUGCGCUUUAUAUAGAAGCUGACACACGAGACCUGUGGAUGCCUCUUCCCCGGAUCAUGAAGCGUGAGUUGUGAACGCGGAAUUUGUGAAUUGGACGGUAGGAGUUUGGCGAACGACGGAGUGACUAACGUGUUAUGAUGGGAAGGGGGUUUCUCCUGGGUAGUGGGGAUACGUCCCACCACUCGUUAAAUCUCGAUAAUUUGCAUACCGGCUUCCCUCCCCCGGCGUUCUCAACUUUCCAAAUGUAAGUUUGCUCCGAGCUCUUGUCUCGACAGCUGCUCCAGCGGUACGGCCACGGACGAUGGACUUUGAGACUAGGAUUUACCCCCGAAUCGGUGGUUUCGGACGAUACAACCGCAUCGUCGCGUUUUUCAGCUGGAUUCCGAACUUCGCUGUGGCGUUGAACCUUUUCUGCGAUAUCUUUUUCACGCUGAUUCCCGAGUCGUACCACUGCAAACCGGACCCGUCGCUGUUGCCGUCCGGCGUCCUGCUAAGCAAUCUCUCCCAACAAGAGUACCUCAAUUUCACAAUUCCCUGGGUGAAGGGGUCGGGAUUGAGCCACUGCGAACUGUACAAGUACCCCGCAAACUUCACCAAUUUCACGGAAACGCUUCCAAAAGAAGUGGUACACUGCACAACAGGAUGGGAAUACGCACACGACGUGGGUCUACAGAGCAACUAUGUUACCGAGUGGGACCUGGUGUGUGGAAACUACUGGCAGAUCCCUGUUCAGCACAUCUGCUUCAUGAUUGGCUGGAUCCUGGGCUAUGUGCUGCUGGGUACUCUCUGUGAUUGGCUUGGCAGAAGGCAGGGGUUCCUGCUGUCCGUGGCUCUGUCCAGCCUGCUGGGCGUGGCCGUCUGUCUGUCCAGCAGCCCCACCGUGUUCCUGCUGCUGCGCCUGUCCCAGGGGGCCAUGCUCGCGGGCAUCUUCCUGUCCUCGUACAUCGCCCGUCUUGAGCUGUGUGACCCCUCUCACCGCCUCAUGGUGGCCAUGAUUGGUGGAUUCUUCGCCGUGUCUGCCGAGCUACUGCUGCCUGGAUUGGCAGUGCUGUGCCGCGAUUGGCCGGUGCUGCAAGCUGUUGCCACCCUGCCUCUGCUUUUCCUGGUUUCCUAUUGGUGCUGUUCCUCUCUGUUCCCGGAGUCCCCUCGCUGGCUCCUGGCGACGGGGCAGAUCCCGUUGGCCCGGAGAUCUGUGCAGAGUUUCUCCUCCAGGAACGGCGUGUGUCUGAACGAGGAGAUCUACCCCGCAGAGAGCGUGCUGUCAGAGAUGGACGUGGCCUUCCCCGAGGACUCCGCCCCCCGCUACCACCACGUCCUGGAGCUGCGGCACACGCGGGUCAUCUGGAGGAACUGCCUCAUCCUGGGGUUCACCCUGUUCAUCGGCACGGGGAUCCAGUACUGCUUCACGAGGAACCUGCACAGCUUCUCCUCGCACUUCUACUUCGUGUACUUCCUGCGCGUGGUGACGGGCGCGCUGGCCUGCGUGCUGCUGUGCGUGUGCGUGGACCGCGUGGGCCGCCGCGGCGUGCUGCUGCUGUCCGCCAUCGUCACCGGCCUGUCCUCCCUGCUGCUGCUCGCCCUCACGCAGUACCUGCAGGGAGGGCUGGUUUUGGUGCUGUCUCUGCUGGGGCUGCUGUCCUCUCAGGCUCUGGCCAUGCUCAGUGUGUUCUUCGCCAGUGAGGUCCUGCCCACGGUGGUGCGCGGUGGCGCUCUGGGUCUGAUCCUGGCGGCGGGCUGCGUGGGCAUGGCGGCCUCCUCGCUGAUGGAGCUGCAGAACAACGGCGGGUACUUCCUGCACCACGUGGUGUUCGCCUCGUUCGCCGUGCUGUCGGUGCUCUGCGUCAUGCUGCUGCCGGAGAGCAAGCGCAAGCCCCUGCCCGACUCGCUGAAGGAGGGCGAGACGCAGCGGCGGCCGCCCCUCUUCCUGUCCCGCGCCGACCGGGACAGCCUGCCGCUGCUCCGCCCGCGGCCCCGGCCCUCCGAGUACAACCCCGACAGCUACUCCCGCCUGGUCGCCGCCACCAAGAAGAUGCUGGCCCAGGACGCGGUGCCCUACAGGAUCGGGCCGCCGUCGCAGCCCCCUCUGCUGGCCGGCAACGGGAGCGCGCGCGGGUCGCCGGGAGGCCGGGCACCGCGCGCGGAGGAGGAGGAGGAGGAGGACGCUUAGGUCGGCCGGGCCUGACCCGCCCCUUCACGCCCCUCUUCCCCCCUGGAGGGGGCGCUCUCCCUCUGCCCUCGCCCGGGGGGGGUGUGAGCCCAACCCAAAAAUGGACUACAGUUCCCAGAACCCCCCACAAUCCUCCCGUCAGUCAGGGAGCCGGAAUGGCGGGGCUGGGUGAAAACGUCGCCUACUUAAGAACUUUCUCCGGGGCGGAUACGGUCUCUGUUACUGUGUAGCUCUGUCCAGUUUGUACCGGUUUUCUCAUCUGUUUCAGGGAGGGGGGAACCUGAGCUCCGCACCCCAAACGCUGGCGUGAAGAGACUCGUUGGCGCCCUCCUCAGUCAGGCAUGUGUGAGGGUUCUGUAACCACUGGCGGCCAUUUUGGAUCUGAUCCGCGAGCCUUAUUUAGUUCUCAUGCUUCUCAUUACAGAAACCCCCGUGUGACUGCGGAUGUCUGAUGAUAUAACCCUCCCGUGUAAAGUUCAACACACCGUCUAACGCGAAAGCGUUUUAAGGAGAAGCGAUUAUGCGAUAGUCUGUUCUCUAUUCCUUUUCUCGAGGGGGAGUGGGCGUUGAAGCCGGAUACUUGAUUUUUUUUGUUUUUUGUAUAAAUAUUUAUUUCAUCUGAAAGGGUUACAUAGCAUGACAUUGCCUCAGUCACAGUGUGAAAAUGUCUGGUUUUUAAGACGGGACAGGCCUGUUAAAAACAUCUGGCAGGAAAAUGAAUCUGGGUCAGUUUCAUAGAUACGACUGUGUGGUUGUGUGGCUUGCAUACGUUUUUGAUACUAGAUUCCGGGGGUGCCGUUUUGGAGUUUUGUUUCUUGUUAUCGCUUCUCCCUUUGUGUCUUUGAGUCUGCCGAUUCCUGUUUGUCACUCUUUCAGUAAUUUAAUACAAGAGAAAUGUCUUUUAUAUGGAACAAACCGCUAUGCAGUGUCCUCAGCAGGGCCUUUCCCUCUGUGCCGUCCUGUCCCGUUUCAGUUGAAUAAAGCCGAUUUGGCUCUCGCUGAUUUGCAUAAGUUGCAGUUGCUUUUAAAAAAAAUAAACUUGCCUAUGACUGGGCCGAAUGGGUCACAUGAGGAGUUUAACCGAUUGGAGCAGAGCUCUUCCCAGCUCCGCACUGAGAUGUGAACUAGCUGCCGAAGACUAAGUGUGUGUCGGCCUGGACCUCUGAUCGCACAGGACGAAGUGUGUCGCGUGUAGUCGUCGCGUUUGUACCAGAACGAGCCCCGCUCGCGGUUAGAGUCGGGGACAGACCUCUCCGUGUGGAGGCACAGUGAUAUUGGGAUUGCCUGCACAGUGGCUUUUUGGGCAAGGCAUGAACAUAGGCCUCACCUCUGCCCUGCAGCCACACCCUCUGAUGAAGCAGCGGUUUGCGCACACACAACCCCUUUUCCCCCCUUUUCCCUGUGCAUUGUGGGUAUGGCAUAUGUGAUUGCCAUCCUGGGCUAGAGAUCAUGACAAAAAAAAUAAUUGCAAUUGUUUUGUCCUAUUCUGUGUUUUGAAGAAUCAGAUUUUUUUUAUCAUUUCGCAAUAAAAAGCUCCCCCCACAAAACCGACCAACCGUUUGUGACCGGGGAGCAUGGAAGAA